AUGGCGAUUAGGGAUUCGCGACCGAGCACAGAGGAGCCGCUCGUCAACUCGUUUGAUCUGCGCUCUGCCGGACAGCACGCCGAGUUCCUGCGCACACGGAAUGAGUACCGCGGCCUGGCCGGGUCAGACACGCAGUCCGCCAGCACCCAUCUGGAUACGCUUAUACACCGUCCAUCUCCGCUCGUGUGGGGCCUGACAGCGCUGGCCUCAAUUUCGGGGUUUAUGUUUGGGUACGACACCGGCUACAUCUCCUCAGUUCUGGUCACCAUCGGCAGCGAUCUGGACGGCCGGGAGUUGCUAGUCUCGGAAAAAGAGUGGAUCACCAGCGGAACCUCCCUUGGCGCAGUGGUGGCUUGCGUGUUCGCCGGAUAUAUUGCCGAUCUCUACGGACGCAAGCUGGUCAUUAUCCUGUGCAAUGCGCUGUUUGUGGUGGGCGCUCUACUGCAACUGCUGGCUACCAAAGUGGUGACUAUGAUUGCGGGGCGUCUGAUCAUGGGUCUAGGGGUGGGGAUCGGGUCGCUUAUAGCUCCGCUGUACAUCAGUGAGCUCUCCCCUGCCAAGUUCCGCGGACGAAUGGUUAUCAUAAACUGUCUGGCCAUUACCGGUGGCCAGCUAGUGGCUUACGCGAUAGGAGCGAUUCUGGGUGGCUACCACGGGGGCUGGAGAGCCAUUGUGGGGAUUUCGAUGCUUCCGUCCACCAUCCAGCUGAUUGCCUUCGUUUUCUUACCGGAUACGCCGCGCUAUCUCAUUUCGAUCGGCAACAACAAGGCUGCCCACCAGGUGCUCCGCAAAGUAUAUCUGGGGUGUCCGUCGGAGCUCAUUGAGGCCAGCAUCGCAGAAAUCCACAUGCUCAACGCUGCGGUGCCUGGAAAGACUCAGCUCGAACGUCUGAAGAACUGUGCAUCCCAGCUUUUCAACACUCCUUCCAACCAGCGCGCGCUCGUCAUAGGUUGCGGCCUCCAGGCAAUACAACAGCUGGUCGGGAUAAACUCGCUGAUGUACUUUUCAGGAACGAUUUUCAAGAUGGCCGGAUACACCAACAGCACUGCCGUCAGCUGCUUUGUGGCAGGGACGAAUUUUCUGUUCACAAUUGUGGCUUUUCUAGUUAUUGACAAAGUUGGAAAACGGAGAAUGCUCUUGGUAUCCAUUCCGUUUCUGAUGGGCGCACAGAUUCUUUGUGCUGUGGCUUUCCUACAUAUGGACGUGAAAGUGCAACAAGAAGACUUGGGAAUUUGGGAAUGGUCUAUAUUGCUAGGGUUGGUGUUAUUCGUUGCGUUCUACGCUGUUGGUCUGGGCAAUGUUCCAUGGCAACAAGCCGAACUAUUCCCGCAAUCUGUGCGUGGUAUGGGCACCUCAUUGGCUACCGUCACCAACUGGACCGGCUCCUUGGUGGUUUCCGCCUGCUUCCUGUCGCUAAUGCAGUGGCUCUCUCCGGCAGGUGCAUUUUUCGUGUUUGCCGGAAUAACGUUUGCUUCGUGGGUGUUUAUAUUCCUUGUUUACCCUGAGCUGGGCUCAUUGCAAUUGGAAGAGGUACAGGAAUUGCUAAAGGAUGGAUUCAACGUGCGGAAGAGUAUUUAUAUCCAUCAGCACAGGCUUGUGUGA